AUGGCAGCACAGAUGCUCAGCUCUGCAGUGGCCCAGGAGGCGGUUAGCCAAGCCUUAUCAAAUUUGAAGGAGAGGUACGGGAACAAGUCAGACGGAAAGGAGCACAUGGAAAGGAUGGUGAUGGCUCACAUCAAGCUGGAGGCCGCCCUCGAGACAUCCAACAAGUGGAACAUCACCAGCCUGCCAUUGCUGCGCUGGCAGAGCAAGCUCAAGCGCGCCGUGCAGGAGUGCGACCACACCCUGCGCAGGUGCAAGCAGCGCUUGGAAGAAGAGGAGGACAGACAACACAGGGUAAGCAGCUCCGCCUUUCCCAAGCGAAUUGCUCACACUACCAAGUCGUUCUUGUCAUCGCUCUUGAGUCGCGGUGGCGGCGACAACGAGCUGACAGGAUCUGCCGUCCGGAGAUUCGAGCGGUUUGCAGACGGUGCGAGCGAGUUCCUAAGAUAUGUGGAGCUCGGUGGCACACCACGCCAAUACAUGUUCUUCGACCCUAUUAUAAGGCACCUUCUCUCUGGGAAAGGAACAAGGCAUUGCUCUGUUCAUGGGGCUCAGCAUCUCUCGUUCCUUCUACAGCCGUUUAGUCUACCCGAGCAUGGGAUGGAGGGAAUGCUAAUAUUCUUACUUGAAGAUGGCAACGCGCCAGAGAAUAAUUUCUUUCUUUCCCUCAGUUUACGGCUUUCCGAGAGCACCAACAUAGUUGGGGUUGUAAUCAGAUGCCUGGAGCUAUUUACACCUCACAUGAGCUCAAUAGCCGAGACCGUGAAGACAAAGCUCACCCAGUUACCAACGCAGGACUUUUGCUGGAUGCCAGAUGCAGCUUAUUCUGUUUUUGGGAGUGAAGAACACUGGGAAGAUCUUCACACCAUCCGUUAUAAGUGGUUUCGACCCAACCCGCUUUGUUGUCAGCAAAAAGACCUUCGCUACGAUGGUAGCAGGACAAGCUCGUCAUCAGAGCCAUUGCCAUGUGAUGUAUACUUAGAACCAGUUACUCAAGUUCAUUUGCUGGGCCAAGUCGCACUGUUAGCUGGGGACAACAGACAGAGUGCAGUCGUCAAUGGAGAAACGUGCCCCAUGAGAGGAUCUUCAUUUCUAAAACUCGGGGGGCACUUGUGGCCUCAUGCCUCUUCUGAAGAUAUGUUGCCUGCAGUUGGAGGUUCAGCAACAGAGAUGAUAAACAGAGAGGUAGCGCCAUGCGGCUUGUACGCAAACAUUUCUUUUGAGCAGCUGGGUGAGAUCAUGCUACCAAAGGCGGAAGAUUGCCUUGGCGGAAAUGUUGCAGCUACCUCAUAUCAGAUGCUGUGGAAUUCCAAGCAUGGAAGCGCAUACCUUCAGGCAGACAAGACCCCAUGGCCGCCCAUACCUUCAGGUCGGAGAGACAGAGGUGGAAAAAAUCAGAAACAAAGUCGGUUCAAGAAGGUGCAGCGCCCAUGGACAAGUGAGACAAGUGAGUUCUUGAGCUCUUGGAUUCUGCAUCGCCUUGCCCAGCUGCAGGCCUCAUUAAAUGGACUGGAUUGA